AUGGCGCAGUCUAUUCUUCUUUCCAUCUUAAUAGUUCUUCUAACAUCAUCAUCAUUUGUACCCAUCCACGCCCGCAACAAAUCGCAGCCAAAGUCUCCUUCACCGGUAGCAGCUCCAGCGCCAGGACCGUCAACUUCUGAUUGCACCAGCGUUAUAUAUGACAUGUUUGAUUGUCUCUCGUACCUAACCCCCGGAUCAAAUGAUACUAAGCCCACGAAAGUUUGUUGUGGGGGAAUCCUAUCUGUUCUACAAUAUAACCCUAACUGUGUUUGCGUCGGUAUAGAAAGAAGCAAAACUAUGGGGUUUGCCGUGAAUAACACGAGAGCUCGUGCCAUGCCUACGACUUGCAAACUCCCCAUUGUUGCUCCUCAUUGUGUUUCUGAAUCGGCUGGAACACCUAUGACUUCGCCAUCUUCGGUCGAGUCACCCACAUCUUCACCAUCUUUGGCUGAUUCCCCGGCCAAGACUGCACCGUUUCCCUCAAGUUCUGGACCGGUUCUAUAUCCUAGUCUCCACCAAGAUAAAUCCAAACUAUCGGUGAGACGAGUGCUCCUUAAGCUCCAGAACAUGGACGUCGAGCUUCAGCUUCAGUGGAUCGAUGGGCUUCUGAGUAUGAAGGAGGAUGGGGGUGUUGUUUAUUAG